UUCGAGGAAUACUACCGCCGACAGGCCAUCCUCCCGGACGAGGAGUGGGGCUCGUUCCUGUCGCACCUCCGCAAGCCCCUGCCGGUGACGUUCAGGAUGAGCAACAUGGCGAGCCACGCGAACGGCGUGGCGGAGGCGCUCGCCGAGGGCAAGCACCUGUUACGGCCCAGGCAACAGCUGUACAACGAAGUCACCGGCAGGCCCAUACCGCCGCCCAAGGAGCUCAGGUGGUGCAACGGAUGGCAGCUCGGGUGCGACAAGAUGGCGCUGAAGUACUCGCGAACCCCCGAGCUUCGCGAGUUUCAGCGGUGGCUGGUCAAGUACAACAGCACCGGAGUGCUGACGAGGCAGGCGGUGGACUCGAUGGUCCCCGCGGCGAUAUUAGGCGUCGAGCCCCACCACUUCGUCCUCGACAUGUGCGCGUCACCCGGGAGCAAGACGACGCAGUGCAUAGAGCAGCUGAACGCGAACAACACGGCCGCGGGUUCGAUUCCGACCGGGUGCGUCGUCGCGAACGACAUCAACCCCCGACGGGCGUACUUCCUCGUCAGGCGAUGCGCCGCGUUGGGCGCGGCGACGGGGUCGCUGAUGGUCACGAACCAUCACGCGCAGUGGUUCCCGAAUCCGGGCGACUCCGGCCGGUACCCCGAGGGCGUGUACGAUCGCAUAAUCUGCGACGUCCCGUGCUCGGGCGACGGCACGCUUCGAAAGAACCCUCAGAUUUGGUCCGAGUGGCGACCGGAGUUUGCGAUGGGCCUGCACCAGCUGCAGCUGCGGAUCGCGCAGAGGGGCGCCGCGCUGCUCAAGGUGGGAGGGUACAUGGUGUACAGCACGUGUUCGUUCAAUCCGGUGGAGAACGAGGCGGUGGUGGCGGAGCUGGUGCGAAGGUGCGGCGGGGCGCUGGAGAUUGUGGACGCUUCGGACAGGGUAGCGGACUUGAAGCGCCGGCCAGGGAUGAAACACUGGCGCGUGGUGACGAUGGUGGACGACGAAACCGUGGAGUACCCGACGUACGAGGACUCGCAAAAGGAAUCCGUGUCCGUCGGCCUCCGGCGCAAGUUCGAGAGGUCGAUGUGGCCUCCCAAGAGCGGCGUGACGAAACUGGGGAAACGGAUCAAGGGACCGCCGCUGGAGCGGUGCAUGCGCCUGAUGCCGCACCUGCAGGAUAUGGGAGGUUUCUUCGCCACGCUCCUGA